GGACGCGGAGUCAACCUUUUUUUCUUGACGAAGUCGGAGUCAACGAUUGCUCCGCUGCAUUCGAAACUUCCCAACACCGUAUUCGAAACUUCCCAUUCGCCUCCUUAAGAGUAGAGCCGUAGAGGCAUUGUAAAACCAACACAAUUCAUUUCCAACACAAACCCAGCACAAUUCAUUCCCAAACAGAAGAUCGAAGAGAAGUGGAAAGGAAAUGGAUAAUACGAUCGACGCCGUACUGCCGGAAGAGUGCAUCGCUGCCAUAAUUUCCUUAACAUCCCCUCCCGAUGCGUGCAGGUAUUCGCUACUCUCCCGGAUCUUCAGAUCGGCUGCAGCUUGGGAUCUCGUGUGGGAGGGGUUUCUGCCACCAGAUUAUCAGCAGAUCAUUUCUCAAUCGGAGUCGUCCGUGUCAUCGCUUUUGAAUGUCCUGCCCAAGAAGGAUCUUUAUUUCCAUCUCUGCCGUAAUCCCAUCCUGAUCGGCAACGGUAACAUGAGCUUCUCAAUUGAUAAAUCGAGUGGGAAAAAGUGUUACAUGCUGGGAGCGAGGCAGUUAUUUGUAAUAUGGGGAGACAAUACGCUUUACUGGAAGUGGGUUUCUUCAGCUGAGUCGCCAGUUUUAGCCCAGUCCAGGUCUCUCUCUACCGCUCUGUACGCGUGCGUGCAUAUGCAUGCUUGUUUAUCCUUUUUGUACAUAGCAAUUGUGGGGGUAACAUUCUUGGUGUAUGAAAUGUGCAGAUUCUCAGAGGUGGCUCAUCUUAUACAAGUGUGUUGGUUUCACAUGGGAGGUAGAUUUGAGACUAAAAUCUUGUCCCCAAACACAAAAUAUGGCGCCUACUUCGUUUACACUUUAGUGGAAGAUCAUUUCUCUGGGCUUGACUACCCAGUGAAGGUGUCCAUUGAAUUUGAAAAUGAGAAUGAAGGUAAUGCUACCAAUGAAGCUUAUUUGUUACCAGAUACACCAGAAGGACUGAAUGCACAAGUUCCACGCUGGAGAGAGGACAUGUGGUUGGAGGUUGAGAUUGGGGAAUUCUUCAAUGGCCAAGUUGAUAGGGUGGUGAAGAUGCAAUUGAGGGAGACUGAAGUCCUUAACUGGAAGUCCGGCCUUGUUGUCCACGGCAUCGAGCUACGGCCAAAAGAGUAAACAUAGCAAGGGAAAUGGUUUUGUUAUUGAUUAUUGGAAUUUCCUUUUAGGAAAAAUUUAAAAUCAGUUCAUAUCGUUUUAUUGGGCGGGUUGUUUAUUUUGGUUAAGAUGUUGUGUGUUGUAUGUAUCACUUGAUGCCCAAAACUUACAUUAGUUAUAUAUGUUCAAUGAAGUUCUAUAGAUUAUGAUCAUAUGAACAUUGCAAUUUUCCUUUUAGAAAAAAUGCAAAUUACUUCAUAUCGUUUCAUUGGGUGGGUUGUUUAUUUUGGUUAAGAUGUUACUUGUUUGUUGUACUUGUAUGUAUCACUUGAUGCCCAAAACUUAUAUAUGUUCAAUAAAGUUCUAUAGAUUAUGAUCAA